UCUUAAUAGGAUGUGCAUGCUCUUUCUCAGCAACUUACUGUAUUUUGUUAUCUCCCUCAGUCAAAAAAAAAAAAAAAAGAAAAGAAAGAAAAAAAGGCAAUAAGCCAUAUGCAGUUGUUUAUGUAUGAAAUCCAACACAGAGAAAACAUUUGCACUACAGAACAGAUAAGAUAAUUGGAAAUGAAAAUGCAAGAUAAGGUGUUUGACAGGGUGGAGGGAAGCCACACAGCUGGGGAAAAACCAUCCCCAUGACUACUGGUCUUUUCUCCUCCCUGCUCAUUGCUGUUCGCCUCUCCUUGGAUUCCAGAGCUUGGUUUAUUCCUCAGCAGCCUUUCUACAGCCUGGUGAAUUCAGUCACCGUUGGAAAUUGUGGAACUGUGGUUUGUUUCAGAAAAAGAAAGGAGAGUUUAAGUAUCACUUUAGAAGGAGAUGGCUUCGCUUUGCAUUCUUUUAUACACAAAGGAGAUGUGUUUGCUGGCUUUGUAAUUCACUCAAAAAGGAAAAAGAAAAAUUGUUCAAGGCGGCGUGGAUAUGACUUGAAUUUUUCAUCAGGCUCGCAACACCAUGGUAUUUACUACUGGUGGUGAAGAAUGAGCACCUUCCAGCUAGUAUUCCAAUAAUUCCUAUGUCAGAAAGGAAAUAAGGUUGGAAAAAACCACUUUCUGGCCAGAAAUCUGAUUAGAUUGAGGAAAAAGGAUGUGCUACCUGUGACACAUAAGCAGAACAGGAAACUUCCUUGAAGAUGUCAUUCAUGGAGGGGUUGAAUAUCACGUAAACUGAAGCACACAUCAUUUUGAUUAAGCCAGAGGGAUUUGGUGUAUUAGCUCACACUGUUUUGUAGUUCUAGGGAAAAACAGAAGUGUGAUGUCUAAGCUAGCAGUGUGAUGGCAGGGCCCAAUUAUUCAUUGUUCUGGUAACAAAAAACAAACAAAAAACAUCCACAAAACAAACAAAAAAUAUUAUUCUUGUUGGAAUUCCUUAACUUUGCUAAAUCUUUGGCUGAAACAGAUCUUAAAAUAUUUUAUUUUGAAAAGCAACAUUUAUCUGCAGUUGGUAAAGGAGAAUUUGUAUGAAAAUGUUCAUACAAUUUUAAUCAAAGUUAUCACUGCUAUUUCUUAUACAUCACGGUCAGUUACAGUUCUGUAACACUGUCAGUGCAGAACCUCAGAAGAGUAGCACCAACCUCAAUUCAUGUAUAUACAAACCCACUAAUAACCACUGGCUUUUCCUUUAAGGAUUUCUCAGUGCUAUAAUUAAUUAUAUUAGACUUGCUCAAAACUUCAAGGAACCAAUGACAAACACAGACCUAUAGUAAUCAUUGCCUCCGUACAAAGUACCUUCUAAAUAAUACCAGUUUUUGUCCUAUAGGCUGCGAGAUGCUUCAUGAUGGAUAAAGCCAUUCAGCAUCCCAGUGAGAUUCUGCCUAACCAAACUCUCUCUAACAGUAGCUAUUCUCAGUUUUUGAACUUUGAUACCUGCCAACCUUCCUUCCUUGCAGAAUUCUUGCUUAUUACAGCCUACACAUUAGUUACAAUAGUAGGGCUUUUCGGAAACCUUUGUCUGAUUAUUAUAAUAAAGAGACAGAAAGAAGCUCAAAAUGUUACCAACAUUUUGAUUGCCAACCUCUCUUUAUCAGAUAUCUUGAUCUGCAUUAUGUGUAUUCCUGUCACAGUUGCAUAUACCUUAAUGGACUACUGGAUAUUUGGGGAAGCUAUGUGUAAAAUAAGUUCUUUCGUACAAAGUAUAUCUGUCACAGUCUCCAUUUUCUCACUUGUACUGAUUGCUAUCGAGAGGUAUCAGUUAAUUGUGAACCCACGUGGCUGGAAGCCUAAUAUUUCUCAUGCUUACUGGGGAAUUCUUUUCAUCUGGGGGUUUUCCCUCAUAAUAUCCAUUCCUUUUUUAAUAUUUCACCAGUUAACGGAUGAACCAUUCAAACAUCUAGCUUUCCAUAGCGAUUUCUACAAGAACAAGGUUGCUUGCAUCGAAGCUUGGCCGUCAGUUACAGAACGACUGGUUUUUACCACUAGUCUGCUGUUUUUCCAGUACUGCUUCCCACUGGCAUUUAUUUUUAUCUGCUAUCUCAGGAUAUUUGUAUGUCUUCGAAGGAGACAUGGUAAAAUAGACAGGAUGAGAGAGAAUGAGAACAGACUGAGUGAAAACAAAAGGAUUAAUAUGAUGUUGAUAUCAAUUGUUGCGACUUUUGCAGCUUGCUGGUUGCCCCUCAACAUAUUCAAUGUGGUUUUUGACUGGAACUAUGAGGCACUAAUGAGCUGUAAUCAUAAUUUAACAUUUACAAUAUGCCACCUUGUGGCCAUGAUCUCCACGUGUAUCAAUCCCAUCUUUUAUGGAUUUCUCAACAAGAAUUUUCAGAAGGAUUUGAUAGUAUUAGUUCACCAAUGCAGAUGCUCAGCAUCACAAGAGGAAUAUGAAAAUAUUGCUCUUUCAAAUCUGCAAACUGAUGCAUCUAAGGGAUCUCUGAAAUUAAAUAAUCCCCCUAUGGAUAUCUAAAAUAAUCCCAUAGCAGUUUCCAUAAUUUUGUAUUUUGUUGCAGAUUACCUCUUUCUGUAGGUCUUGAUCACGUUACCACUGAGUUUAGAGGAAACCUGUGCCAUUUAGUUCAGCAAAACCAGGAUUAUUCUCCCAUAGAUAUACCUUAACAUGUUCUUUAUGAUGGUAUUAAUGCUAAUAAAUCACUUUCAAGAGUCCCAAAGGUCAAUAAUAACGAAUUACAAAACAGUAUUAGCUUCUUUUUUAAUCCACAAUUUCCAAAUCACUGGCAUACUACCUUAGCACCAAUAAAAAUAUUUCCAUAUUAGCCACUGAUGUGGUUGUCCUUCCUAAGUACCUGGCUUCAUGCAAGUAAACCAUGAAUACGAUGGUAUUCCUAACUUCAUCAGCCUUUUCACAGACUGUUUUCUGUCCUUUUAAUUUCAAAUCCUACCCUGUUCCCAUCUCUGGUUAAUCUACACAACAGGUAGUUCACACUGUAAGAAAAGCUCCAUAAGGUAUCCUGAGCCUCCACCAUCUUCAGUUCAGCCCCAGCAUGCGGUUUGCUUUGGUUUAGUAUCAGUUCAGCCUAGAAAUUGUAUUUUAACAAGGGAAAAGGCUAGAGUUGGAAUUUUUUUCUUAAUGAGCACUAAUACAGGCCCCAUUUGAUGUACUGCAAAUCCCACUCUGAUGCUGUUCAAGAUUGAACAUGUAUUUAGCAUUUCUCCUAAAAGCAUUGUAUUCUACUCCAAACCACCUGUAUAGAUCACUGCUUUCUCUGUUACCACCGUUACUCGUACUGAAAACAGACCUUUCAGAACCUCCAUUAUCAAACACACUGUGAAUUCAAAGUACAUUUUGGUUUAGCUGCUUAGCCAGAUUAUAGGUUUCUCUUCUAGUAGAAAAUUACUUUUGUGUGUUAAUUUCAAAAACAUGUUUCUCCACAUUUUUGCACUAGCAAGAAGCCACACUUAAGGCAGAUGUGGUAAUUUCUGUUGGACUAUGUUUGAAAACAGCUUUUGUAACACAGUGGAUAGAAGUCCAAAGGUAUAAUACUGAACAGAACUUUCCUCAGACUAAAACACAUUGAAAAGCACCAUCCAGAUUCUUCAUCCAUACUACAAUACCAACAUAAAUAAUCAGUUAAAAUUGGGCUGUUUAAAUACGAUACUUAGAACAGUUUAGUUCAACAACCCACCACCUUAGAAGUAAACUUGACUUCUUUUGUUCAAGUUUAAUAUAAUUAACUACCUGUAUUGCUAAAGCUCCCCUCACUUUUAUUUUUGAGUUCCAAAAACUAGCCUUGUUCUGACACUUGUAUAUAAAAUUCGUUGUGAUUUAGCCUCUAGCUUUAGCAAUUUACCGAUGUCUCACUUAAGCACAAAGAAUUAAUAUUCUGAUUACACUCAGCUCCUUGAUGAUUCAGCUAUAAUGAAACUUACCUUAAGGCCAUAAAAUUCUCUUGGAUAAAGACCAUCAUUUUCUGCAAUCAUACUGUUCUUAAAGAAUUCAGUCAGGUCACAGUUCUCGUUUGCUACAGCAUUAGUGCAAACUGCCUGCACCACUCUCCUCAUCAGAGGAGCUCUGUGAGAGGAGCCUCACAAGCUCUUGCAGAUACGCUGGGCUGUUAAGUGCUUCCUGAUUCACACCGAGCAAAAAGACUCGUGGAAGUCUAUUAGGGUCUGAUCCCAUUGAAGUCAUGAGGGUAGCGCUACUCGCAAGAGCAAGGAUGGCAGAAUUAGUGACACGGUAAUCAAGUACGGAUUAGUUUUGGCAUGAAUUAGUAUAUUUAUUUUCCUAAUUAGAUCAAAUAUAAUGCAUGUAGAGUGCAUAAAUAACCACAACUUAAACACCUGCCUCAUGCAUCACAGAAGGAAAAACAGGAGACUGCUAAAUACCUAGUAAAGGUUAAUGAUCAGACAGCUGAGUAUUAAUUAUUGCCAUUAACUCCCACCCUCAGUUACUGGGCUCCCUUUAUUGCUGACACACACCAUCUGCUUGACCAGAGCAACAGGUAGAAAGUGGUAACUUAUAGUCAAUGAUACUGCUGAUGUAUGGUGCAUGGUCAGAGUACCACAUUACAUUCACAAUAUACUCUAACUUAUUAAUAUUAGACACAAUAGUUCAGGUUACUCUCAGUUCUCAUCAUGGUACAUAUCUCAGGUGGUAUUUAGUGUUUGAAUCAGGCCCAGCUGAGAUUUCCAUAUGUGAAUUUGGCCUAAGUAGCUCCCAUACCAGUAUUCCCAUCCCAUGGGCAUGCCCAAGUGUGCUUAGUUUUACAGCAGAGGUGGUUUUAGUAUCAGGCCCCAAGUGGUUUAAAUACAGCCACAAAAUGAACACUAAUCCAAAUGAUGUGGUCAGUGGGCCAGCAGAAACUCUUCUGACCUUAUGAGAAGGCCAGGGAUGCUGAUGGGUGGUCUCCUUUUACUCUCUCUCUACCAGUGCUUGGGCAGUGCACUUCUGUGGUACUAAACAGCUAAGAGAAAGAAAAUGUCGCUAUUGUUUUUUGUCAUAUCAAUUGCACCAAUUGUCUACUCCUGACAUCCUGAUCAGAGUUGAGCAAUCAAUUUUUCCAGUCUGAGUCUUGGCAUAAGAGGGUUCUUUGUUACCAGGUGGAAGCUCUCUGAGCAGUGAGAAUGCUUCAGAAUCUAAUAUGAAUAAUAAUAAUAAUAAUACUUGUACCUUGAUUUCUUCUUGUCAUUUCUUCCCUACACUUUCAUUUGACUCAAGUGCUGACAUUCCAUUUCUGUCCUGAGAAUUCAGUUAUCAAGCACCUCUUAAUGCUGCACUUUUAGAAAUCACUGCUAACUGAACAGAAUAUCAUCACUGUCUUGAAGGCAUCACCCUUCACACUGCAUGUUCUCUCAUUACAUCCGCUAGUUUUAUACACAGUCUGAUAUCUAAUUUCCAGACAAGUCAAGAGGAGUGAACGGACUUCGAUAGGAAUAGGAACAGGCAAUAGAAAAGCGUUAUGGACUCCAGCAUGGCGUGUGAUGGUGACGUAUGUAGCUGCGACAUGCAAUGUUUAAAGAUUGCUCAAGUCAUAAUAUUAAACUGACACACGUUGCCCUGUGUUAGGUAAUGUUGAAAACAUUCUUUUCCCUUAGUUUAUUGGUAUAGCAAGUAGACAAAAUUAUAACAGCCUUGCUUGCCGGACUGUUCUUACUUCCUGCAGGCUGAUGGAGGACUGUGAGCUUUCUCGGGGGAGCAGAAACAUGAAAUAAAUUAUGGAAAGCUAGGGGAGGAACCUGAACACCAAAAUGCUACCCAAAUGUACAAAACAGUCUUAGUAGUGAUGUCUUUUUUAAAAAACUACAUCAGACCUUUGUUCAAGUGGUUCGGUCAUGUAGACCAGACCAAUAUAUUUAUAAACAUCCUUGUAAAUGAAUAUGUUAUUGCAUGUGUUUGUAUUUUAUGGUUGAUUGCUUUAACUGUAAGAACGUCUAACUAGAGUUAGGUACUUGGAGAAUGGCAUUCAUUGUAAAAAUUAUUCCACUCAGAGAGCUCAAUUGAUUAUUGACUGUAAUUAUGUAUGUGGACAAAAGCAGUGCCAUACCCGUGUGUCACUUAAAUACUUUAAUUCCUUCUGUGUAAUGACAAAUAAAUAUUACCCUGUAUAAAACUG